CAUAAAAAUCGAAUGUUUAAAAUUAACCCAUCAUGGUAACAGAACUAUAGUUCGCGUAAGUUUUAUUCUUUGUUUUUUCACUGGUUAAUAUUUGUGUGUUAUAUCUGAUUUCCAACUGUUUUACAUUUGUCUUUCUGUGAUAAUAAUGGCUUAACCAACUUGAGCAAUCAUAAUGUAUAAACAUAUGUCCUUACCAUUGGUAUUAAGAUCUGGCACUUAUAUUUUGUGACCUAAACACUGUAUAUGGCAAGUGUUCUGUCCCACAUAUUUUGCCCUGUGUCUGUAAGCACGUGCAUGUACAUGCAUACAUACUAUAAAUAUGUAAUUAUAACCUGCAUACUUAACUGCUUGCUUGAAUUAUACAUAUUCCUAGAGUCUGUAUGGUUGAUGGAACUUGUGUAGAUAGAAGGAUGCAAAAAGAAAAGAAUCGUGUCCAUUACAGCCAUGAAGAGCUGAACAGAGGUUGACAGACAGGGGUCAAGGACAUCCCACCAGUUCACAACGUUCCAGUGGAUCGAGACUGGGCCUGGGUCAUUUUGUUUAAGCAUGACUUAGUUGUCCUAGACCGGCGACACACUUAUGCUGCAUCGCGUAAGGCGUCCUUUCAGAGAUCAAGGAGGUAUUUGACAACGUAUUCUAUUUGACAAAGCGACGUUAUCAUUAGUUUGCUACCUCUUUUUGCCAACUAAAAAAGUAACAACGGUCUAGACAAUAUUUCGACGAGCUUAGAUAACGCUAGAAUCAGUGAGGUCGAAUUUAACAGCUGUAUGGAGGAUGAGUAAUUACCUCCAAGAGUUCGUAUGGUUAAUUAGGAAACAUACGUAAAUAAAAGUAUGCAAAACAAAGAAAACCGUGUUCAUGGCGACCAUGAAGAACUGGACAGGUGUAGAGGGUCAGGGGUCAAGGACAGCCCACCAGUUUACGAUGUUCCAGUGGACCGAGACUGGGCCUGGGUCAUUUUGUUCAGUACUACCACCAUUGGCAUUUUUGUGAUUGGAGGGAUUAAAUCCUUCGGGAUCCUUCUGAUGGAGUUUGGUCAAGUUUACCAGAUUUCCAAGAGUCAGCUGACCCUUGUUCAAUCAAUCACUGGAUUCUCCUUUUAUUUACUAAGUCCAUUUUCCAUUUGGUUAUGUGAUCGUUAUACUCACCAAAAAGUUAUUUUUGUUGGAGGUCUGUUUUCAAGCACAGGAUUAAUUCUCAGUUCUUUUGCACCUUCCAUAGAAGUAAUGUAUAUUACUUAUGGGAUACUUACAGGUUUUGGCUUUGGACUCAGCUAUCCACCAAGUGUUGUCAUUAGUACACGCCACUUUAACAAAAGAAGAGGAAUGGCAAACGGAAUUAACAUGGCAGGGUCUGCAAUGGGGAGCAUAUGUGUGCCGAUUCUGAUGCAGGUUCUGAUUGAUAGCUAUGGUUUAAAGGGUUGUAUGCUGAUUUUAGGAUCAAUCAUGGGACAUAUAUGUCCAUGUGCUUUAUUGCUUAGACCAGCACAUAAGUACCCACUAGUACAGAAAGAGACUGAGCAACUGCUUUCAGAUGAAAACUUUGAGAAAAAUCUGGAUAAUCAUCACGGCUCUCAUGAAAUGACAGAACAAGGAUUACCAGAAGAUAAAGAUUCAAACACAAAGGAUGCUCAAAGGGGAGAUCAUGAAGUUAAGUUACAAUUGUUAAGGGAUUCAGAGUACAAUAGCCAGUCUUCUCUGACAACUACACGACAUCACAAAUCAUCUGAGAGCGGGUCAUGGGGGACUAGUAUUACAACAACAGCACAUAUUUCACUGUCCAGUCAAAACAUUCCAAAUGAGAUUCUGCUAGUAGAUGAUAUCUCGCAUCAUAACUUCAAAAAAGGCAAAAAUGAAAUAGUUACGUGCUGUGAAUUUCUUCAAUACUUAAACUUCAGUCUCUUCAAAAGUGUAAGUUUUUCUUUGAUAAUGUUAAGUAUUUUCUUUUUGAUGUACAGUUACCACUCAAUUUUCAUUAUUCUCCCGUCUUAUGGGCGAGAACAAGGCCUUAUGAUCCAUCAGAGCAUGUUUCUGAUUCCUGCGUUUGGCGGUGUUGAUGUCAUGGGUCGUUUAAUCGCUGGGUUUAUCAAUGACAAAUGUGUCCUACGGAGGAGAGAGAUUUUCAUCCUGUACAUCUUAAUUCACGGUGUUGGAUACCUCCUUGUUCCAAUUUUCCAGGAUUUUAUCAGCAUUUUGUCUUGGUGUAUGGCAUUUGGAAUUUUUACUGGAGGGUUCAAUGGGACAUUUGUGAUCAUACUUGUGGAUUGUGUUGGGAUAGAACAAUUGUCAAGUGCAUGGAGCUUCACCUGUCUUGUUGUUUCAAUCUCCAUGCUGAUAAAUCCAGUGCUCUCAGGUGGACUCAAAGACAUUACUGGAUCUUGGUCAGCCUCCAUGAGGGUGGCUGGUUCUUUUGCCAUUAUAGCAGUCUGUCUUCUGGUGAUAGAGAACGUCAUAUCGAGGGACCAGAGGAGGAAAGGAAAUAUCGAAAAAGAAGCCCAGCGUGAGGAAAAAGAAGUCUAGUUUGGUGAAAAGGAAGGCUAAUAUAUGAUGAAACGUCUCUUGAAUUCUUGGUUUUAGAAGAUGCCAUGAAAUAGACUUAGUCAUUCAUACAUAUGAAGUGUUUGUUUUGGGUCAGACAUUUAAUUACAAUAUUACUUGCCUAAAUUUGAUUUUUUAUUAAUCACAAUUUACAUAUUUUUGUUCUUGUUGUUUUCAGUUACUUUGAAGUUUUAAAUUACAAUGUCCUUUCAAAAUUUUGAUAUAUGAGCAGCAUUUAGUAAGGUGAUCUUAGUCUUAUUGUUCAAUAAUCAAACUUCACAUGGUAGUAUCUAUUUAAGGGGGAUGUGAGGCCAUCUUGUACAUUUGAGGAUACGAAUGUAAAGAUAUCUUGAACUGGCCUUUUCUACCCGAAACUGACCAAAACUGUUGCCAAAAGAUAUAAAAGCAAUAAAUUUGAGAUUCUACAUAUGUACCUGUUGUUUUGUAUGAAAAUUAUGCAUACAAGAAUAGGACGAUACCUUUAUAAUCACUUAAAACAGCUGCCCAACUGCGCAGCUACAUACUUAAUUUGAAGAUUUAAAUUUCUGAACAAAUAUGUAGGGGUUCGUUUGUGUCCUCUCGACGACCGUUUGUUGAGAAAAAGUUUGAGUCUUGCACAUUGAUUUAAGUUGUAACUUUGCGUCUUAAUAUGGUAGACUAUUUUUAUCAGUCGGCAUGGGAUCUAUUUUUAGAACAAGAAAAAGCCAGUCUUCACUUAGAACUCAUAUGUCUUUGGAGACACAUUGAUGUUAUAUUUUCAAAAAAAUAAAAAAAAAAUAAAUGUCAAUUCAAAACAAUCUGAUGUGCAUCUGUAUAACUGUCCCAUUUUUGUUUUAUGGGGAUUUUUUUCGAUAAGUAAAAAUUAAAGUAAUCUUUUACGUUAUAUUUCUAUGAAAAUCUAUCUUUUAGUAGCUCCAUAAACACUGAGAAAUAUAUCUUGUGGUUUUUGAGCCCCAUUUUAAGAAUAGUGUACCCUUCUUUGAGACAAAGUUAGAAUUUAGAUAUUGGUAAGCAGGCUUAGCCCUUUUUUCUCAACAAAUUGUAGAGAGGACACCAAUGACCCCCCUUCAUAUUUUUUUUUUGCAUUUUUAAAUCUUUAAAAAAAGUCUGUAGUUGUGCAGUUCAACAGCUGUUCUAUUUAAUUAAAAAGGCAUUGUCUUGUUCUAGUAUGCUUACUUUUGAAAUUAAAUUACAUGUUGGACUUCAUAUUAUUGCUUUUACAUUUUUGGUAACAUUUUUGGUCAGUUUCAGACAGAAACAAGCCAGUUUUCGAUAUUUUUAUAUUCUUAUCCUCAAAUGUACAAGAUGGCCGCACAUCCCACUUAAUUUCAUUGUGCCAUGUUGAGUGUUUUACUUAUAUGUGAAGGAUGGAAAUGCAAUAUGUACAGGAACGUCCCCCAAUGUUGAAUAGUUAAUUCAAUCAUUUAACACAGCUUGUUUCACAAAAUCAUCCGUUAUUCUAAAACAAUUCACACAUUGUGGUGGUUUACUGUUGUAUAUUCAGAAUCAUCUUUUUCACAGUUUUUGCCUGCAGAAUUUCUGUUUGUAUUAAAGUAAAUGUAUUGAUAUAAACACAAAGUAUCAAAAUGAAUAACUGAUUUCCAAUAUACUUUAUUAUUGAAGUGAUCAAUAUAAUUGAGUGAAUUAUCAUAUUUUAUUUCCAAACAUUCAACAGACCAUGAAAAAUGUGAAUUAACUAUACUGUUGUAUUCCCUAAAUACACAGGUAGAAAUUUUGGGUAUGGAAUAGAUUAAUAAACUGGUAUAUAUACAUGUAUUCUACUGUUUAUAUGUGCUUAGAAUAUUCUAACACAGUCUAACAAAACAAAUGUUUACAUGCAAAAUUAGAAAAACUGUAUCAAGAGGAAGAAAUAAAAUCACCCUUAGCUGGUGUCCAGAAAUGUAAAAAAAAAAGCAGAUUGUAUUAAGUGCUGCAAUUCUAUCCAUUAGCAAAGAAUGAAACUUUGUUUAUAUUUUAACAUUAUUGUGAAGAUUUCAUAAAUAUUGAAUAAGAAAAUUGAAUAUAUAAACUAGAUGAAUCUCUCAUUUAUAUUUCUUAACAUACAUGUACACUUUUAGGUAACACAAGUUAGCCUGAAAGCAAUUCAUUAAUAGUAUAUAAAUGAAGCUUGUUUUCUAGGUCCUGCUGUUUUGAACCUUUUUCUUUAUUCAUUACUUUUAGAAUUAAUUUGUUUUCUUUCUGUCUUAAAAUGCGUAAGUAUA